UGCCUUUUUCCGCGUGCAUCAUUCGCGCUUAGGGUACAUUACCUUUGUGUUUUGUACCGUCUGAUACCUAUCAGUUGUAUUUAAUUAAUUUGUAACAAAAAUAAUGUAGUGGUAACGUAACGGCUUGUGUGCGAAAUGGCCCACUGGAGUGUAUUAUUUGUUUUGUUUGUGUUCAACUUUGUACAAAGCGGUUGCAGCGAAGAAAAGUGUUAUUCCUACUGCGUGGGUGAGCAGUACGAAUGUAUCAAUGGAAAGUGCUACUGCACCAAUGGCUACAUACCAGACUACCAUCACUCGACUUGUGUGAAAUGUCCAGGGUUAGGAGAGAAAUGUUUUGGGCCAUGCUGUGGCGCACUUGACAACGAGACGCUACAGUGCUGGCACGGCGUCUGUCAAUCAUGUUAUGGAUCUCAUGGGAAUUGGAUAUGCAGUGAUUCUAUGGAACAAAUGCUACUGGUAUCGGGCUCUCAAAUAGUAAUGGCGGUUGCCCUCGUCCUUGGGAUAGUCGCUACGUUUACGUUGCUGUAUAAACUUUGUGCAGUCUCUCAGUUAAGGCCACUGGAUCCUUCUACUGAAGGUCGGUUAUCCAUCGGCAGUUUGCAAAUUUACGUAAAUGAACGCCUAAGAGAUGCACCACCAAAGUAUUCUUCGGCAGCGCCAUCUGGAUCAUCGAUAUAUCCAGCAACAGUUUACCUGAAUGCUGGAUUUGUACACGACAACAGUCUACCUCCGCCUCCGUACACCCCCGAACAAAAAUACGAAAAUGAACCAAAUACUACAUCUACAGCUGCUGUUCAUAUGUGAACAUUGAGAACUGGAUUUUUUCACAAAAUUAUAAGUAAAAUUAAGUAUAUUUUGUGACUUGUACUAAAUGCGAAUACAAAUAAAAUCACGGCUAUCUGUGAAAUUAAGUA